GAUACCUCUCCAAACGUGUCUAAACGUACUAGGCUUUUGCUGUCACGUGACAAUUCGGAUUGUGAAGCUGAGGCCCGGUUCUGGCAAAUCCGCCUCUAUCUACUACAUCGAUGAACAAUCAUCACUUCAUAUCUUUAUCUCAUGAAGAUUCUGAAAGUGAAGCUGAGAUAGUCAUCCCAGCCCAUCCGUAUCCCAACAGUUCACGUCUGAGAAGGUCAACCAUCAACACAAUGUCUAUCCCUCCUGGAGGUGUUCAGACUGUUCAGAUCCCUGGAAGCGACACUUCAGACUCAGAUGAGUCUGUGGAAGACACAGACUACCCUUCUCGCCAACACUCGGAGUUAAUAACAGGUCGACAAGUUCCGUCAGUUAGCGCCCCACAUGGACAUAGACUCAACUCCGGUGCCAGAACACCUGACCACAAUUUUCUGAACUACAGUGUGUGUACCCUUCUAAAUACGUCUCUGGCACCCUCCACGAUGAAUAGCUAUAGAAAUGCUUGGAAGCAUUACAUGGCCUUUCACCAACUGUAUUAUCCACAAUGCGCUCCUUUGCCCGUACCAGUAGUACAUCUUACACAGUUUAUUGCCACUUGCCAACAUCGUCAGCUCAAACCUUCUACAGUCACAUCAUACGUAUCUGCUAUUGCUUAUGUUCAUAAAAUUCAAAACUUUCCGAAUCCGGCAGAAGCAUUCAUAGUACAAAAAUUGUUACGCGGUCUUUGGCGUGAUGGCGCGAAAGACAAACGGCUCGCGUUCUGCCUCACCGACCAAGAAAACAUAAUUUCUUAUUUACCAUCCGUCUGCGUGAACGGCUAUUAUGCGGUGUUAUAUAAAGCUAUGAUACUGGUUGCUUUCUUCGGUCUAUUCCGCAUCGGCGAAUUGGCAUUAUCAAAGUUAGGGCAAAACAAUUUGAUUUAAAAGGCAGGCAUUCAGUUUGAAUACGCAAACGGUAAAGUAUCCGGUGUUCAGGUUGAGUUACAAGCUUAUAAACACUCCGCGGGUCGGGGCGCCAGGAUUCCCUUGUCCCGACAGCCUUUAAAAUCACUCUGUCCGGUUCGCGCUUUAACUCGUUAUCUACGCCGCUCAUGCGCUUAUCAGGGUCCCCUAUUUCAUCACCCCCAUGGCAUUCCGAUAACUACUUCUGCUUUUUGUCAGGUUUUAAGGCAAUGCGUUAUAAAAUGUAAUCUUGACCCAAAACGCUAUACGAGUCAUUCUCUGCGGAUCGGAGGCACUACUCACGCCCAUCUAUUGCAUAUGCCUGCAACACAGAUUCAACAACUUGGCCCCUGGCGUUCUAAUGCAUAUCUAAAGUACAUCCGUCCGAAACCAGUGCCUAUUACCAGUUAGGGUCACGGGGUCGCCAUUUUGCUCCCAUACUUGCUAUAUGACUUUCAGUGUGCCAUUACCUGUUCCUAUUGUUUCUACAAUGACCCAGUGGGGGUCAAACUAGUUGUAUUACUCACUGUGAUAAAGCAGGGGUAAACAUUUCAACGUUUUACCUACCGUGACAAAGCGGAGGUCAUAUUUUAAUAUUUGUAUUAACAGUGUUUCCUACCGUUACGAAGCGGAGGUCCUAUUUCAAUGUGUUUAUUAACAGUGGUACCUACCGUUACAAAGCGGAGGUCCUAGUUCAAUACUUUAUUAACUGUGUUACCUACCGUUACAAAGCGGAGGUCCUAUUUCAAUGUGUUUAUUAACUGUGUUACCUACCGUUACAAAGCGGAGGUCCUAUUUCAAUGUGUUUAUUAACUGUGUUACCUACCGUUACAAAGCGGAGGUCCUAUUUCAAUGUGUUUAUUAACAGUGGUACCUACCGUUACAAAGCGGAGGUCCUAUUUCAAUGUGUUUAUUAACUGUGUUACCUACCGUUACAAAGCGGAGGUCCUAUUUCAAUGUGUUUAUUAACUGUGUUACCUACCGUGACAAAGCGGAGGUCCUAGUUCAAUACUUUAUUAACUGUGUUACCUACCGUAACGAAGCGGAGGUCCUAGUUCAAUAUUUUUAUUAACAGUGUUACCUACCGUGACAAAGCGGAGGUCCUAGUUCAAUACUUUAUUAACUGUGUUACCUACUGUAACGAAGCGGAGGUUCAAUUUCAAUAUGCUUAUUAACAGUGUUACUACUUGUUUUUGCUUGUAACUUGUACAUAUGUGUGUAGUGUUGCUAUGUUAUCUAACGUGUCAAAGUGUUGUUCUUUUGAUAGAUUUUUAUUUCAUUUUCUUUCUUCACGUUAUAUAGGAAAACAUAAAUUAAAUUGUUUUCGUAUAUUUAAAAUUGAAUUUGCGCAGAUUGGGUUCCCAGUUUCAUCAGCUAAUCAUCCUUAACAGCAUCUAUGGCGCAGUGCCAUGCCAACGUUCCUCUUUUUGGGCGUCGUGUGGUUACACUUAUGGCGGUUAUUUGGACGCCCAAUGUGCUAGUCGUGAAUAAUAUGUUAUGAGGAUGUCAAACUCGUAUUUAUUAUUAGUUUUGACAUUAAAUAAAUGUCCUUUUCACUGACUGUGGUUUAUUAUUCACGUCUCCCACUUGGUUGAACUUGUCAUGGCCAGCCCCUCCUUAUUCAGUAGCAAUACAUAAAUAUAAUUUUAUGCCGACAUAAAAUGUUUUAUGGAUCUGCGGGUUGAACUGAAUCACCCCUUGCUAAAUGUGCGGGUUUAACCGUUUACAUCCAAAGCGUGGCUUAACAGCGAUCCACGCCGUGACCAGUGGCC